AUGCUACACUUACAACCACAGAACCUUCUCAUCCAAAAGACGCUGAAUGAAGCGAUAGAGGCACUCCACAAGGAUUCGCCGUUGACCAUGGAUAGAAUCGUUUCCGAUUUCGACUAUACCACCUAUCACAUUUCGAACUCUGCCGAAGAUAAGUCCAUCCUGUUAUUGAGUGUCAAGACUAAAGCUUGGGUGAGCGUCUCUGAGUGCCAAUUGGACGGUUCCUUGACUUUGGUGAAGUUUCUGGCCGAUCACUACUCCUCUUUGGGGGGGGUGACCAUCCCAGGUCAAGUGGAGCCUGGUUAUGACUACACUCUUCAGGUCACGUUGAGCGAAUUAACUCAAGACUCAAUUUUACAAUUGUCUGUGUUGAAGACCAUUAUAUUGAGUUUCCCCUUCGAAUUAGCCAUUACGAAGUUUAUUGAAUUGAGCCAGCAACAACCAGCGCCUGUCGAAGCAGAAAUUACCGGCGGCGAGGUCGCUGCCAAUGGAGACAACACUUUGUUCACAAUCAAGUAUCGUGACGAGGAAAACAUCUUUAUCAAACCUUCCAAUGACAGAGUGACCAUUAUUUUUGAAACUAUUUUCCAAGACGAAACAGAUAAAAUUUUUGGUAAGGUCUUCUUACAAGAAUUCGUGGACGCACGUAAGAGAAACCGUCAAAUCCAGUCAGCUCCACAAGUUCUAUACUCACAUGAACCACCUUUGGAGUUGAAAAGACUAUACCAACCACCCAAAGUUGCAGAGCAAAGUAGAAGAUUCAUCACAUUUGUUCUUUUCCCACGUCAUUUUCAGACAAAAGAGUUGCAAUUCCAUUCAAUUUGCCAGUUAACAUUGUUCAGAAACUACUUUCAUUACCAUAUAAAGUGCUCCAAGGCCUACAUGCACUCCAGAAUGAGAUUCAGAGUGGACUCGUUCAUCAAAGUCUUGAAUAGAGCUAAGGUGGAUGAGGAUGAUGAAAACGAUGAAUUAAGUGCAGAAGCCAGACAACAGGCAAGAAGAACAUUUACUGGUAGGAAGAUUGUCUACUAA